AUGGCCCGACAGUCUGGUCGGGAUGAUCAUCUGCCACAUCGUACAAAACAUGCUGACGGGCUAAGUACAAGGGUCUUGCUUCUGGAUAUCAACGCUGCCGGGUACCUGGUGACUGGGAUGAGAGGUCGGGAUGGGAUCCUAAGCAUCGGAGACGAUAAAAUAAAAGUCAGAAAGAAAACAAAGAAUAACUUUGGAAACGAAAGCUGGAUGUCACCAAGAAUGUUGUAG